GUCUCGGUAGGCGCGCAGGGGCGAGCGGCUGUGGCUGCUGCUGUACAGUUCCUCGCAGCCACCCGGGCGUUGCCGGCGUCCACUGGCGCUGUGUCGGUCGUCGGCGAGCAUCCCCCAGCCAGCAAGCCCAGCCGCAAGCCCAGCCACCCGCAAGUCAUCUCCGCCCUCUCUCGCCUCCUCAUCAUCCAACAUGGGCCGCGUUCGCACGAAGACCACCAAGAGGGCCUCCCGGGUGCUCAUCGAGAAGUACUACCCGCGUCUCACGCUUGACUUCCACACGAACAAGCGUAUCAUCGAUGAAGUUGCUGUCGUUCCCUCGAAACGCCUCCGCAACAAGGUCGCUGGCUUCACGACCCACUUGAUGAAGCGUAUCCAGAAGGGUCCCGUCCGCGGCAUUUCCUUCAAGCUCCAGGAGGAGGAGCGUGAGCGCAAGGACAACUACGUCCCUGAGGUCUCCGCCCUCGACACCUCCGUCAACGGCCUCGAGGUCGACCCUGACACCAAGGAUCUCCUGCGCUCCCUCAACUUCGACUCCGUUGCUGUCAACGUGGUCGUGCCCGUCAUCGCGGCCCCCGAUCGCGGCCCCCGGCGAGACCGCCGCAACGUGCCGGGCGCUGGGCGGUAAAGUCUCCCUGUUCACCGGACGUCCUCCACUGCACGCGCAUCGAGGCGCCCGACAAAACCCCUCGCAUAGUGUAUUCCAUGUCGGUCGCGUUAUGUCGUCUCUUUCUCCCCAUGCUCUCGCUGUAUGCUACUUCGAUCGCAACACGCAGCAUAUGGUUCGCGACAAAUGUCCCGGGCCGCUCUGUCAAUGCAGAGAUUGCGCUUCCAGCAGUAAGUGUUGGAGGCAUCACGAUACGGGGCUUGAGCUUGGUCAACGACAACGGACGAUUGAUGCAAUGCGAGAAGCUCGGGGCAUACUUCGCACGUGUAACAGUUCAAAUAUCCUC